AUGCGCUUUGGUGCUGUGCAAGUCAGUUCCUUGGCUUUGGGCGUGUGCUGUGGGCAUGCACAGGACUUCAGCUGGAGUUUUCAAACUGGAACCAGCGGAAAUGACCAAAGCAAUUGUGUUUGGAGUGAUGCCGAUGGCAAUAUUUAUGUCGCUGGUGAAAGCUAUGGAAGCUUGCAUGGAAACUCAAACGCUGGCCAGUAUGACAUUUUCAUCAUGCAGUUGGACCGUCAAGGGUCCCAUCAGUGGACCUUCCAGAAGGGAGAUUCCGCUUCGGAAUUCGUGAAUUCCUGUUAUGUGGAUGCUUCGGGCAGCAUGUUUCUGACAGGUCACACGUACAGCGGGCUGGAUGGCAACUCAAACGUUGGCAGUGCCGACAUUUAUGCCAUGAAAAUCAAUGGUGCUGUCUCAUGGCAAUGGACCUUCCAAAUCGGAAGCUCCAGCAAUGAUGUUGCGCGUGCAGUGCAGGUGGAUGCGUCUGGCAAUGUUAUCCUGGCCGGGGAGACCAUGGGAGGAUUGGAUGGCUUUUCUAAUGCUGGGGGCUGGGACAUGUUUGUUAUCAACUUGGACACAUCAGGAGUUCUGCAGUGGACUUAUCAGACAGGAACCAGCAGCAACGAUGAAGUGGGUGGGCUUCAGAUUGAUGCUGCAGGUGAUAUUUUCAUUGCAGGGGACACUCAGGGAGGGUUUAGUGGCCUGACGAAUGCGGGACUCUAUGACAUGUUCAUCAUGAAGCUGGACAGCGCAGGAACCCCGCAGUGGACAGUGCAGACAGGAGGUUCGGGUUCUGAAGUGGUGCAUGCAUUCCACAUCGAUGCUUCAGGUAACAUGUUUCUGACAGGCUACACGGACGGCCAGCUGCAUGGAAAUUCGCAUGCUGGAGGCAGGGACAUCUUUGCCAUGAAGUUAAACGCUGCAGUCUCGUGGCAAUGGACCUUCCAAACAGGAAGUGCUUCUCAUGAUGUCGUACGUGCUAUGCAAAUUGAUGCACUUGGAAAUGUAGUCUUGGCUGGUGAAACCUAUGGAGGCUUGCAGGGUAGCAAUGCGGGUUUCAGCACACGCGACAUUUUUGCAAUGGAGUUGGACAGUGCUGGAUCACACCUGUGGACCUUCCAAUCAGGAAGCAGUAGUGACGAUGAAGCCCGAGGCUUGCGGGUUGAGGGCACUGAUAUCCUUCUGGCGGGGCGCACGAAAGGCAGCUUGGGCGGAGCCAACAGCGGUUCCUACGACAUUUUUGUCAUGGGACCAGCGCGACCCACCACAUCCACAAGAAGCAGCACUACAACGACCACCAGCAGCACAAGCAGGACCAGUACAAGAACUACAAUCACCUGGACCUCUACUUCUUCAACAACCUCUCGGAGUUUGACAUUUACUGAGACUCAAAUUACCAGUACCACAAGCAUUACCAUCACCACCACAGGCACAACAAGCUCUUCGAGAACCACAGACACAGCCACAGAAAGCACAAGCAGAACUAGUGGCACAGCAACUUUCACGACAUCAGCAACAUCUCAAACUGGUUCGUCCACUGAAAGCCAUACCGCCAGCACCACAACCAGUGCAUCCAUGACUUCCAGCGGCGUAUCAACGACUUCCAGCACAUCAAUGGGCUCAAGCUUCACAACAACAACAUCUCAGAGCAUCACUGCCACUUCGAGCCAAACCAGAACCGGAUUUGUCAGUACCACAUCUCGCCUAGCCACAGGCAAUACUUGGAUUUGGACAACCACACAUACAGCCAUGGUGCCACCAAGUGUCACCAUGACAACAACUUUUGAGACAGCAACUUCAUCCGCAUUCAGCCAGGCUACAUUGACUUCCACAGCGACCACCACCAGCGUCUCCAGCACUGUUGCCCUGACGUGGAGUAGUGCGGAAGGGCUCGAGGCUGGGGCACUGGUGGCAUCCAUCCUGAUUCUGCUGGCCUUCUGCCUUGGGACCUGUACAGCCUGCCUGCUGAGGCUUAAGGCCAAGGGUCAGAAGGGUGAAACCAAGCGCAAUGAAAAGGAUGAAGCUGGGCUGCCACUGGAAGAGUUGCGGAUCAGCACUGAGACAUGGCAAGAAGACAGGACGAUUGAAGCAAGCGCGAAGAUGCCUCUAGAAAGCACCGAUGAAAACGCCGAAGGAGGUUCAAUGGAAAAGGUCCAACAAGUGGAAGAGAUGGGAAGAAUAGAUCCCAAUCAAGAGGCCGCGCAGAAGGCAGGGGCUUCAUCACCUCAUGUCUCCAAAGCCGUGGAGGUUUCUCAUUCCGUCAUGAAGCCUGAAGAAAACCAGGCCGACUCGCAAGCUUUGACGAAUGUGUACAUAGGAAGGCCAGAGGGUGCAAACAACCCGAGCCCCAAAAAGGGAAGCAGAUUUCGUUCCCAUUGGACCUGCUGUGUGCAGAAUACCUUGGAACCGGACACUUGGCUGCAAGAUCCCUUGGCCGAGCUUCCUGUUCAGGAUGGUGCCCAAAGCAUUGAGCAUCAGCUGGCCACGGACCUUGCAGGUACAUUUGCUACGGCUACUGACAUUAAAAGCAUUUGAACUUCCAGGGUUUUGGAGCGCCUCCAUAGGAGCUGCGCACUCAAACCCUUCCACAACCUUCGG